UUAAAGGGUUAAAUAUAGCUGCCCUACAAACAGGUGGAGGAAACAGCUACUAGCUCAGUGACGGUCCGAUGGUAACGUUUAUUAAACUCUGUGGAAAAUGUUAAACAGCACUGCGGGCCGCAACGAGUCUGCGGGCUCUCUGAAAAACUUCAGUCCUCCAGAAGUUUGCCCAGAGGAAAAGCUGCUGCUGCGGCUUUCUGCUGAAGUGAGCCUGCUUUGAUGAGCGAAUUGUAGCCAAGAGGCAAGGGGGAGAGAAAUGGAGACAGAAAAAAGGCAGCCAAAGGAAGAAGACCAGACAAAGAUCUAGGGUCUUCGUCAUCGAAUUUGAGAUGUGUAGAAGACGGAGAGGAGCUACCGAGCUCGAGAAAGACAAAUGUUGAAUGGCAUAGUAAAGACAACCUAAAGACCUGGGGGCCGUCAUUCUCACAGAGUGGCGGCUACAUCAUCUGGCUAAGGAAUGGUUCGCCUUUUCCUGCUUUUGACUCACUGAUGGCCAAAGAAAUACAGUAGGACCUUUGCAGAAUAAACUUUCCAAACCUCUGGAUUGUUCUGAAGGGAUAAGCUAUGAAGAUCAAACAAAAUCACCAACAGUAAAAUCAAUUGGCCUUUUCUCAGUUUUCUUCAGGAUUCUGCUUCAGGAGGCAAAACUAGUCAUGGCUUUUCAAAGAACUGGACGAUAGAAGAGCUUUCUUGGCAAAAACCUUCAAUAGAGUAAUUUUUGGACAGCUUUGUAUUAAACCACCACAUUAAACACGCACCAACCACUGGAAGUGACAUGGCUAGAAGGGAAAUCAGAAGCACAGCAAGAAGUAAAAAUGACAAAGUCAAGAAUGGGGGCUUGGACACUGUUAGCAGCAUUGGGACUUCUAAACUGCUGUAGUUUUGGCUGGUGUGAGUCCUCAAGGACUAGUGGUUCAAACUCAGGAGGGAGCAAAAAGGAGGAAGGACCCUCGUCACUUGAACGGGUUAAGAGAGGAUGGGUGUGGAACCAAUUUUUUGUGGUGGAGGAGUACACGGGCACAGAGCCACUAUAUGUGGGAAAGAUCCAUACAGACUCUGACGAAGGUGAAGGCAACAUCAAGUACACUAUCUCUGGAGAAGGGGCGGGCUCCAUCUUCAUCAUUGAUGAGCUAACAGGAGACAUCCAUGCAACAGAGAGACUGGACCGAGAGGAGAAGGCCUUUUACACACUAAGGGCUCAGGCACGGGACCGGCUCUCCAACGACCCACUGGAACCAGAAUCAGAGUUUGUCAUCAAGGUCCAGGACAUCAACGACAGUGAGCCAAAGUUCUUGGAGGGUCCCUAUAUCGGCAGCGUGGCAGAACUGUCACCCAUAGGAACAUCCGUUAUGAAGGUUACUGCAUCAGAUGCUGAUGACCCUACAUACGGCAGCAGUGCCAGAGUGGUGUACAGUGUACUGGAUGGAGAAAAGUUUUUCACUGUUGACAGACACACAGGGAUCAUCAUGACAGCAGUGGCAGAUUUGGACCGUGAGACGCAGGAUCGUUACGAGUUGGUCGUCAAGGCAACAGACAUGGCAGGACAAAUGGGCGGUCUCUCAGGCUCCACCACGGUGACCAUAGUGAUCACAGACGUUAAUGACAACCCACCGCGCUUCCCACAGAAGAUGUACCAGUUCUCGGUGUCAGAGGGGGUGGCUGUGGGGACACCAGUUGGACGCGUCAUUGCUACGGAUGCAGACAUGGGAGAGAACACAGAUAUGAGCUAUCUGAUCAAAGAGGGUGGGGAGCUCUUCAAGGUCUCUACUGAUGUUGAGACACAGGAAGCUAUAGUCUCCAUCAAGAAGUCGUUGGACUUCGAGACCAAACGCACACACAAUGUUGUGGUGGAGGCAAUCAAUAAGCAUGUUGACCCUCGCUUCGUGGACCUCGGGUCCUUCCGAGACCAGACCAUUGUCCGAGUCAGUGUGUCAGACAUAGAUGAGCCACCCAUCUUUCAGCCAGCAGAAGGCGCUAUCAUGGAAGUGCGGGAGGAUGCCAAAGUAGGAGCGGAGGUUGGCGUCAUCACUGCCAGGGAUCCAGAUGUGAAGAAUAAACCUGUCAGGUUCUCCAUCGAUCGAACAACAGACCAGGAGAUGAUCUUCCAUAUCAAUCCUGUUUCGGGUGCCAUCACACUAGGCAAGAUUCUGGACCGAGAGACCGCAGGCUGGCACAAUAUAACUGUGAAGGCUGUAGAAGCAGAUAACCACACCAUGGUGUCUCACUCAGCAGUGAGUAUUCGGAUUCUGGAUGUAAAUGACAAUCCUCCUGAACUGGCCACACCAUAUGAAGCCUCAAUAUGUGAAGAUGCCAAACCAGACCAGCUAAUUCACACCAUCAGUGCGGUGGAUAGAGACGAGCCACAGUCUGAACAUCACUUCUUCUUCACCUUGGACCCUGAAGCCUCCAGCAAUCGACACUUCAUCCUGCGGGAUGCCAAAGACAACACAGCUGGCAUCCGAACCCAGCGGUCAGGCUUUAACCGCUAUGAGCAGAAUGUGUACUUCCUGCCUAUCCUGGUGGUUGACAAAGGGCCUCCCUCCCUCAGCUCCACGGGCACCCUGACCAUUCAUGUUUGUGGCUGCGACACAGAGGGAGCCAUCCAGUCCUGCAAUGCCACAGCCUAUGCAAUGAGUGCUGCUCUCAGCCCUGGGGCACUUAUAGCACUGCUGGUCUGCAUGCUCAUCCUCAUAGUGCUUGUCUUGCUGAUCCUGACCCUGAAACGCCACAGGAAGGGCCAGAGGAUGGCGGAGGAUGAGGAGGAUAUGAGGGACAACGUCAUAAAGUACAAUGACGAGGGUGGAGGAGAGCAGGACACUCAGGCAUACGACAUGAGUGCCCUGCGGAACCUCUAUGACUUCCCUGAAGCCAAGAGCUGUGACUCUGGCUCGGACAUCCGCUCACUGCCGCAGUGGAUACAGGCUAGCCGGGUGAGUGCUGGUGCAGAGGGAGCUGCAGCAGCGGCAGCUGACUUCUCCCUAUUCAAAGGCUACAUCCGAAAGAAGGUGGAACAGGCGGAUGCUGACCUGUCAGUACCACCAUACGACUCCUUCCAGACUUACGCCUUUGAGGGCACCAGUUCACCAGCGCUUUCACUCAGCUCCAUCCACACUCUGUCCACCACGUCGGAGCAGGAUUUUUCCUACCUCAGCGACUGGGGACCACGUUUCAGGCAACUCGCAGGUUACUAUGCUCCAGGAAACCCUGAAGAGGAAGGGUCCUAGCACAGCUUCUCCUCUGCAGAGAGACUUUUAAACUCCCUCCUCCUGUUUCUUUUUCUCUGCCUCCUCUACUCACCCUCUGGCACUCUACUGAGAUCAUCAGAGCCAGCACCGUGUACUCCUUAAAGACAGAGCGCCACUUCUUUAUUUCUUUGAAAGAAAAAUCACAGAGAGUCGAACUUUGACUUCUGACACUGUUUUUUGUGAGUUUUCGGACUUAAGCAUGAAAGCUCUGGCGAUGACAUGAGAAAGAGUAAAGAAAGAGAUAUCCAGUCCCCAGAACUGAUAUUUAGUCUGAAGGACUACGAGAGAGCUAUGAGUUCAGAGUAUCAACAUUACGUAGGUAGGGGUUUAAUCAUGCCAAGGCAAACUGUCUAACAAACAUGUAUUUAUUUGAGGAGGAAAUAUUUAUGUAUUUAUUUGUUUUUAUGUAGUUAUUUAUUUAUUUAUUUACAUCAUGAUCACUAUGGUAAUUGCAGUGAACUCUGCUGAAGUGCUAAAGUAAAAGUAAAGGGAGGAGGACAUUAUGAAAAGAAUGAGAGAUAACAUGCAUGGAAGACAGAAGGAAAGAAGGACUGCAGUGGCCAGAAAAUACUGGUGCAGAGGUGAAAUCUGGGUCAUAUAAAAAUUACGUUCUAGAAAAUAUUUGUAUUUAUUUUCUAUGACCACUUUUGUAAAAUAACCAACUUAAGACAGAUAGAUGAAAAGCAGAGGCAAAUAGAAAGAGUGCAGGCAUUGCAGAAGAAAAGAGCUGCCAGUUCAAUCUGAAUGGUUGAGACUGACAUACAUUUGCUGUAUUUUAGUGAUUUAUAAAGUGUUUUUUGGAGGUCACAAAAUGAGGACAAUUGUGUGUUAACAAUUUCUUUUCAUAUCCUCUCCACAGCCAAUUGUAAGGCAAUAAGGCACAAACCGCAACAGUGAUUUAAGAAAAAUUACUGUUUCAUGGAAUUGGCUGGUGGCCAGCUUUGUCCUCCAGGGAGCCAAUUUUCAUUCCAGAUUUGUGUGUGAAUGUGUACUAUAUGUUCAAUUCAUUUUAUA